GCAGCGAAAGUCACACAGUCACAAACAGGCAGUGUAGUCGACCACCGAUAGCGUCAGCGAGUCGCAAAGACAGCUGAGGUGACCCAACAGCUACACACUGACAGGCUCACAAGUCACACAUUAGUUUGCUCGGACAACUCUUUAACCAUUGGAUCUUAUGGCUGAGAGUGAGGAUAUCUUUCUCAGGGCUAAACAUCGGACAUUCAGCGGACUGAUUGAAGAUGCAGAACGUGAGUGGAUGGGACCAUUUUGCUUCAUCCAGGCCGCAGACCCCCAGCUUGGGCUGAUGAAGGCCUGGAGGGAGGGCGACUGCGAUGGUGGAGGGGACGAAUGGGCCGAGGAGGUUGAGCUCACCAAGCAGGCUGUGGAGGCCGUAAACCAGCUCAGACCCAGGCCAAGGUUCAUGGUGCUGUGUGGCGACCUAGUCCACGCCAUGCCAGACACCCCAUUCAGAGAAGGUCAGGAGCGAGAUCUGAAGGCGGCCUUGAAGGGGACAGAUCCCUCCAUCCCGCUGGUAUUUGUGAGUGGGAACCAUGACCUGGGCAACACCCCCACCCCUAGGACAGUGGAGCAGUACUGCAGUGCUUGGGGGAACGACUAUUUCAGCUUCUGGGUGGGUGGAGUCCUCUGCCUAGUUCUGAACUCCCAGUUGUUCUAUGACGCCUCGGCCUGCCCUCAGCUGAAGGACGCCCAGGAGACGUGGCUGGAGGAGCAGCUGAGCCGAGCCUCCUCCUCAACGGAAUCCAAACCCAAACACAUCCUGGUGUUCCAGCACAUUCCUCUGUACUUAAAGAGCCCUGAUGAGGAGGACGACUACUUCAACCUGCAGAGGGUAGUCAGACAAAACCUGCUGGAAAGGUUCAAGAAAGCAGGGGUGAAAGCGGUCUUCUCCGGCCAUUAUCACCGAAACGCCGGCGGUUGCCACGACGGCCUGGACAUGGUUGUGAGCUCGGCCAUCGGCUGCCAGCUCGGCGAGGACACCCACGGCAUCAGGGUGGUGGUGGUGACUGCCGACGGUGUCAUCCAUCGCUACCACAGCCUGGAGCAGCUGAGGGUGCGAGGAAUGGACGAGGACCUCAGGAAGCUCCUGCAGGCCUGAGGGCCAAAGGAGGGAAAAUCAGGAAAAACUUGGCUUGUCAACAACAACAAACUCAGUUGUGUUUUUUUUUUGUUGUUGUUUUUUUUUUUUUGCGCGUGAAUUGUUUAGUGCUCUUCCAGGCACACAACAAGGGGUUUCUGGAGACUGGCACGUUGGUCAACUCAUGUGUCAGCAGCUAAGAAUGUGAGAUAUUAAAAUCAUUUAUACCGUUCCUAGUAGAUCAUUUUCUCCAAUAUGAGAAGCUAAAACUUAGGCUUAUGAUCUACCAGUGACAGUCUCAUCAAUAAUGUUGAAGUUGACCAAUGGCCCAAUCUCCAAAAAUUCUGUAUAUUAAUUAAAAUAAUAAAAUAAAUAAUUUUAAAGAUUUAUAUUGAGGCAUGUUUGGCCAGAAAUAAGAGGAAAGCAGUGAAUUUAAACCAUAAAAGAUGCAACUACAUGCCAACUACACAUUAUAAAGUGUCCAGAAUCUUAUGAUAAAAUUAAAUUGAGUUUAUGUUCUCUCUCCACUGAAUGUUUUCCUAGGUGCACCUCUUGCCAGAUGUUAUUUUCUCUGCCCCCGCUGCCCUAAAAGAGGCACACAAAGAUCAUUGAAUGUGUUCUAAAACUAGUGGUUCUUUGGUGGAGAAGCACAACCUUACGCACAGUCCUCCUGUAUGAGAAGGAGACUGACAGCCACUCUGCCUGUGCAGUGUAAAUGUUAAAAGUUCCAGACAAUACGCUAUGGUAAAGUCAGAUGUUGUCAGUGUAACUUUAAAUAUAUCCAAACUUUUUCAUUGUUAAAGAAGGAUUCCACCUUAAAACAUUGAAGCGUUAGUCAAAACAACCACUGGACAUGUUGCCUGUAUAUCAGGGUGCAUUUUGUUGUUUGGUGGUGCAGUUUUCUUCCUGUUUCUGCAGAUUACCGUGGUAACAGUGCAAAGAUAAAUUUAUCAUAAAAGAAUUUAGGAAUGUUCUUUGAAGGCUGUUGAAAAGCAUCAUGGGAGAUGUAGGAAAUCCCAAAGUUACAUUUCAAAGAUACAUUUCAGCUCCUCAUCCCAAAAUGACUAUCUAACAGUGUGAGCGUAUUAAAGGGUGGAAUUUUCCUUUAAUGAUCCUAAAAUAUCCAGCUGUCGUAGCUAUUUCUACUAUGUUUGCUGUUGCUGCAGUUUAAUGCCUUGUUGGCUAUCCUAUGCAAGCUAUUCACAUCACCAUAUUGUUUGUGUUUUUUGUUCAAUGUUUAUCGUGGUACGUUGUUUGAAUGACCUGGAAGAAGUGGAGUUAACUGCUGACCUCUGAUCAGACUGUGACAGUUGAUUGUCACUUCCACUGCCCAUACAGGCUGAAGAUGACUGUUCAGAGUAACUGAGAAGCUUUUUUUUACUGUCCAGACAGUCUACUGUUUUACAUAGUCUUUGAAUAUAUGUUGAUUUGAGAGAUUAUUCUUAAUCCAUAUUAAUUAUAACAGAAAUGACAAUCUUGUUUCUGACUAAAACUGAUUUGAAAGUUAUAAUCCUUAAGAAUUCAGCCCUGGUUGAUAAUUUUGCCACAGGUGUCGCCUGUGGCAAUAUUUUAUGAUUGACCGAUCCACUGCAAAAAAAUCGUCUUGUUUUGUAGAUGCAUUUUGAUGAAAAAUCACUGUCAACACUAACCUCCAUGACAAAUACACAGCCUUUCCUGUGACUGCUUCCCAAUAAAAGCUAGUUUUCUUCAAUUUUAACAUGAAGCAGCAGCAGUAGGAAAUGGUUGGUUUGCACUAACAGUAACUUAAUACAGCUAUCAGUAAGAUAAAGUUACAAGCAGUAACGCUGGAUAACAUACAUGAUUUCAUGUGAAUCCCCUGUUUGUGUGAAGGGAAUUUAAGCCAGCGCGGGAAUGGCGGACCCCGCUACUAACAGGAAAACUAUUAUAUAAAGAAGUAAUUAAAGAAACACAUUAAAUGGCUAUUUCAGAAAACAUGGGACCAUAAAUAAUAACAAAAAUGGGGUUUGCUUUUCAUGAAAAUCUCAAGGAUACUAACUUAACUUAAUUUCUUUUUUCUUUGUUGGGCAAUAUAGCAGAGCUUAUUUGUGCCCUAAUACAUUUCUCCUGCAUUUUGCAAUAUCCAUUUGGUUUCUUCUAGUUACUUGUUUAUGAAAGGGUAGAUCAAACUUGUUUUCUCCUCAAUGUGAUGUUUUUGUGAUGAAAAUAUUUCAUCAUUGGAUCAGAGUUUAAAUCAAAAUGUAAGAUGCAACAUUUAAAUCACACCUAAUUGGUUUAAUCUGCCUGAGAUCCUUGCUGUGAACUCUGCACAUACAGAAGUGCUCGGUGCAUAAAAUGAAUAAAGUGUGGUUGCAUUGUUAAAUGAUAAACUAUAAAGGACUGGUGUUAGGCGGUUAAAAGUGAUGUGAUCUGUUGGUGAUUAAUGGUGGGAGGAGCACAGUAUUUCCUCACUGUUUAGUCAUAGCUGAAACAACCUCACAGUGUUACAGCCUACUAGCUGCAGGCUUAUUUGGAAGCUCACAGUCCUGAAAUUGUCUUUAAAAUGGACAUUACUGCAACAAAAUGACUUUCUCUGUGAGCCCUAAAUGACUCUACUCGAUUACACUUUCCACACACACAGACUCUCACACUCGCCCUGACCGACUGGGAAUUUAAGAGAGUUGUCAUGGCAACCCUUUAGCAACACAUCUGUGUGUCUUGGAGAGAGACUGCGAGUGUUGCAGAGAAAGUGUACGUACUCCCCAUGUCUGUGUGUGUGUAUGUCUGCGUGUGUGUGUCCGUCCGUGGUCUGGUGGGUACUGUAGGUGAUUUUCCAUCAGCGAUGCGAUCGCUGACCUCAUUUCACACUGACGGGUUCUGUCUCUUUUCCAAAAAGUCAGCAUGUGAUGAAGGGAGGAGGGGGUGUCUGAGAGGAAUGGAUAAUGAGUGUGAUGUGUGAAAGACGACUCAGUCCAUCUCCUUCAUUUCCUGUUUGAGAAGGAACCUUAUGUCCUUAUCUAUUUUUAUAUCCUCAUGGUAGCCGAGCUCAAUCACAUUGUUCUUUAUCUUUUUUGUGUGUAUGAAUGUGAAUUUGUUUUAGAGCACAUUUGCUCUAUGAAUUGGGGAACAUCACAUGCUUUGACUUGUUCCUGUGUUGAAUUCUAAUGAAUGACCAUACUGAACACCGUGACUGUGACAUGAUUGGUUGUAUUUUUAUAAUAAAUUUUGAUUUUAUCUAAUGA